CUUCGUUAUAUACAGUGUUCCUUCCACUUUAUAAACUUGAGUAUCUGUUCCUAAUUAUCUUAGUUUCCUUCCGGCUGCAUUAUUUGAACCAUCUGCAGUUGCGCGUAAAGUCUGCACAGUUUUUCUCUGUCAAAAAGUUAGUAAUGGUGGCUGGACGCUCGCUGGGACUCGUCUUGUUCUUCAUCGCCCUGAGACCGGGGAGCGCGGCCCCGCCCGGCGAGCCCAGCCAGGAGGGCCAAUGCGUGCGCUGCUGUGACCCCCCCACCCGCUACCCGGAGUCUCGCCGCGGGGGUCCCAGCCCACUCUACCCCACGCCCCACGUAUACCCGCACAUCAAUAUCACCAUCCUCAAAGGUGACAAAGGAGAUAGGGGCGAGCGAGGAUCGAAUGGGAAGGUGGGUAAGGAAGGGGCCAUGGGUCUACGUGGCCCAUCGGGAGCUAAAGGUGACCGGGGUCACGCGGGGAUGCCAGGAGGCCCCAACAAGCAACACUACUCAGCCUUCUCGGUAGGCCGCAAGAAAGGCCUACACAGCAGUGACUACUACCAGACCUUGGUCUUCGACACAACCUUCGUCAACCUGCACGGCCACUUCAACAUGUUCAAGGGCAAGUUCUACUGCUACGUACCGGGCGUCUACUACUUCAACCUCAACAUCCACACCUGGAACUUCAAGGAGACCUACCUCCACAUCAUGAAGAACGACCAGGACAUGGCCAUCUGCUACGCCCAGCCCAGUGACCGCAGCAUUAUGCAGAGCCAGAGCAUCAUGUUGGAGCUGCAACACAACGAUGAGGUGUGGGUGCGUCUGUACAAGCGUGAGAGGGAGAACGCUGUCUACAGUGACGAUGUGGACACCUAUGUCACCUUCAACGGUUACUUGAUCAAGGCCAGCCUGGACUGAGAACCCUUCCCCCCCAUACAUCCCCUCUCCCCCACACACAUACACACACACACACACACACACCCACACACACACCCACCCCCAACACACACCCACACC